AUGGUGCCUCUUUCUGUGGACGAUCGCUUCCUCUCAGCCUAUCUUUUCUAUGGCUCUUUGCUCAUGCUCAAAACGUGGGUGAUGUCGUUUUUAACCGCAAGACAUCGAAUACAGAAUAAGGUUUGUAAUCAACUCAAAUGUAUUCUGCUGUGUAGGGUGAAAUGUAUGACUCAAGCUAGCAUGCAUGAUGACCACGAAUCAGGUCUUAUUCAGUGACUUUUUUCAAAAGAUUUGUUCUCUAGUUAUGACCACUCUUGAUUUUUGAAAACGAGAGAUGUAGGAACGACCGGAUAACGUGCAGAACUCAUGAGUGACAUGUUCGUGUUCGAGCCCUGAUCGGCGGGUCAUGAUUCGUCACCUUCUGAGCAAUUUCGCUUUCGAGGCUCCAAUCGAUCGACCAAUGGGCCCGUCGGUCUAUUUUCAAUUUUACUCUUUAAAGCCUCUUAAUCAAUGACCUUAUUUAAUUAAACAGCAAAAGGCUGGAGACUGCAUUUAGAGCAAAUUAUUUUCCUGGCGAGUUCGCAUAAUUGAAGAUUUGAAACGAACGCAAGUGUGGAUUUCGAGAAACUUAUUUACACGCGCGUGGUUUUAGUUUAUCAUUUACCUUGCCACUGAUGGAAACUGUUGCAAAAAUAGUUGCGAGUGGGUAUAAUUUCACGUCCGCCGACAUAGCCAAAGCUUUACAGCUCGCUUUGAACAACGAGGACCUGAAAGAGGACUGACUAACAAGUGCCUCUGCAAAGAUGACGCAGCAGUUUGAGUGCCCUAAAAAAAAAUUUUCAACAAUUUUUUUAAUGUCCGCUACUUAAACACAGGCCGCAAUUGUUCAAUUGGAGAAAAGGCUAACUACUUUUAAUUAUGAUUUUGCAAAACACUAAUGCAACGAUUUUAAAAGAUUACGAGAAUGAAUACUUUGCCAAAUUUCUCUCAAGCUGAGCUAGCAAUAUCAUCGGCACUGAAACGUGGCGGUGCUGAGUCCCUCCUCGCCCCAAUUUUCUCAUGGACGGGCUCUACCCCCUCCCCCUCCCCCCCUUUCCCCCUUCCCCACCCCUUUUUCCUUCGCUUCCUAUGCUGUGAUUCAACGUGAAGUAAAGAACUGUUUCUGUACUUCACAAUUUAAUUUAAUCAUCAGUUUCCUUGGGUGGCCUUCUUUUUGUGGGUCGUAGCCCUUUCCCUCCCAAAAAUGACCAAAAUAGAAUUUUUGCCUUACUAUAUCAAUACAUUAUCAAGCAGACAAGUGAUGAGAGAAAAGAAAAAUAGAAAUCAGGGAAUUAAGAUGAUCAAAUACCAAAUUCUCCAAACUAACAUUAUAACAAUUGAAUGAUAGACAGUUAGGAGAAUUACUAAUGAGAUUGUGGGAGUGAAAGGGAUUUCUGGGUGGCAAGUUUUGAGGUAUCUGUUCUUAACUUUUUCAAAAUUUUGUCACUGUCUUUCUAUCGACAUUGGUAGUUCGUGUGUGUUUCAUAAAACUUAAUAAAAUAUUGAGAUCUUAUGUUGACUUAAGUGUUCAAAGCAAUGUUAGGUUCUAAAUGUACAAUAAGAGUUUCUUGGGUGACAUUUUGGGGUCUUAGUGUGUUUGUUAAUAUGACUUUCUUCACCUUUUGGUAAUUCAAGAAACAAAAUCUGCAGACAGUCCCAAGGGCUGUAUUUAUAGCUGAAUGAUAAAAAACCAUUACACUUCUAUUUGUAGGCUCUUCCAAGCCCUGAGGACUAUGGUAAAGACAACACUAAACCAGUGCCUGUAAAUCCUGAUGUGGAAAGAGUCCGCAGGUAUAUAUCUCACCUCAGAUAUUAUUUAAUCAACCUCUAAACUCUCUUUCUCCCCUCCCCCCCUCAGAUUUUACCUUGCUAUUUACCAGUCUUACAAGAGGUGUAGCUGCAAUUGUUUUGAGGGGAGGCAGGGAGCCCAGCCCCUCUUCCCCUCCCAUUUUUUUGGUUAUAAGGAAGAAGAUAAAUGCACUGGUAGCAGUGCGAGUGGUUUGGAGUAAUUUACAGAACAAUUCAAUAGUGGCUUCAAGAUUGCUUGAAAAUGACUUGAAACUAUUCCUUGAAAAGUGUUCUAAAGUGCACCUCAUUUUUAAAAUUUUCCAGGGGAGGAUGCCUGCAGACUCCCAUCUGGCCUUUUAUGAUACCCUACAAUCACUGCUUCCUGGAAUCCUUCCCACUUCAAAAUCAAUUCCUACACAGCUGCAGCUCCUGCUCUGGAAAAUAAUUAUGCUUUACAGAUUAAAUGAAUCUUGGGAGUUGCAGAGUAAAAUUUAAUUUUUUUUACUGAUUCAAUUCCAGAGCCCAUCUGAAUGAUCUGGAGAACAUCCCAAUCUUCAUGAUUGUCGCCCUGUUGUAUGGAUUGUCUGGUGAGCCUGUGGCAAGAGGCAUUUGGUGUUUGCGCAUCUUCACAGGAGCUAGGUUCCUGCACACCAUAGCUUACUUGAACGGCAUCAGUGCACCACGUGCCUUGGGUUUCUUAAGUGGCUCAGUUUGUACUGCAGUCCUGGGCUUCAGUGUGCUGUACUCUGCUGUCAAGACUGGCGUGUUUUAA